AUGGCGUCAAUCCCUGCACAACUCGCGGCAAUCCCGAGGGUCCCUCUUCUCUUCCCCACGCCGCCACCAAUCGAGUCCCUUGGACGGUUGUCCGCGCAUCUCACAGAUGGCGGCAACAACACUUCGACCAAGAUCUUUGUCAAGAGGGAAGACGCCAACAGCGGCCUGGGCGGCGGCGGAGGCAACAAGCUGAGAAAGCUCGAAUAUGUCCUCGCGGAUGCUCUGGCCCAACAGCCUCGGCCAAGCCGGAUCGUCACCGAGGGCGGCGUGCAGAGCAACCACGUGCGCCAAGUCGCCGCGGCAGCCGCCAAGCUGGGCUUCGAGGCGACUCUGCUCAUCAACGAUCUCGUGCGGGAUCGGAGCGGCGCUGCGGACCGGCACGUCAGCGAGUCGUACAACGAGCUUGGCAAUGUGCAGCUGACGCAUCUCAUGUCGGCUACGCACGCGGCGGGCAAGGACAAACAGGAGAUCCUGCAGAAGGACCCGGAAAGCUACUGGAUCCCAUCUGGGGCGUCGACGCACCCGCUAGGCGGCCUGGGCUAUGCGCGAUGGGCGUUUGAGAUCGAACAGCAGGAAGCGGAGAUGGGCGUGCACUUUGAUGUUGUUGUUGUGGCAUUGAUGUCUGGCAGCACCCUGGGCGGCAUGGUGGCUGGUUUCAAGCUGGCAGACCAAGAGAGGGCUAACCGGGGAGAGACAUCACAGCCGAGGCGUCUGAUCGGUGUCCUUGCUGGGCCUAAGUCCAUAAAAGAUAUGGAGACUUUGGUGCUUGGCAUUGCGAACUCGACAGCCGACAAGAUUGGCGUGUCAAAAGGUCACAUCGUCGCGGAUGAUUUCGUUAUUGACGAUCGAUGGCACGGCGGGGGUUACGGCCAGCUGGACAAGAAGACGAAGGACGGCAUCAAACUUGCAGCCACAAAAGAGGGCCUUGUCACUGAUCCGGUCUACUCGGGGAAAGCACUCACAGGACUUUGUGAAAUGGUCAGGCAGGGAGAGGUGCAGGGAAACGUCCUCUUCGUCCACACCGGCGGUAUUAUGUCACUGAGCGCUUACCCUGAUCUGCGAUGA